UUGAUAAUUAGUAUAAAUAUCUAGUUUCGGCUUCAGUUAUUAGUCUAAGUGUACAUCGAAAGGCAUAAUGAUGAAGUUAAAUCUUUUCUAUCUGCUGGUAGCAACGCUGGUGAUAAGUUCUCAAUGUAAUCCGUUGAAGAUUGGAGCCUCUACUCCACAAAUUCCGUCACUAGUUGGCCUUGCUUCAAAUGACGGAUCUCAAGAAGUCGGUCCUAGUUCUGGAUCUCAUUCAGGAAUAAAUACAGUUUCUGGAAAUUCGACUGGAGAGGUUGCUGUCAUUGUUGAUACUGCCCUCGAUGCUGUAUUUGAUGUCAUGGAUAUUCUAUCUACCAAAGUAGCUAGCCAUGAUCCAAAUGAUGGACCUCAAGAAGUCGGUCCUAGUUCUGGAUCUCAUAAUAAUUCAGGGGUAAAUAAAGUUUCUGGAAAUUCGGCUGGAGAGGUUGCUGUCAUUGUUGAUACUGCCCUCGAUGCUGUAUUUGAUGUCAUGGAUAUUCUAUCUACCAAAGUAGCUAGCCAUGAUCCAAAUGAUGGACCUCAAGAAGUCGGUCCUAGUUCUGGAUCUCAUAAUAAUUCAGGGGUAAAUAAAGUUUCUGGAAAUUCGGCUGGAGAGGUUGCUGUCAUCGUUGAUACUGCCCUCGAUGCUGUAUUUGAUGUCAUGGAUAUUCUAUCUCCCAAAGUAGCUAGCCAUGUUCCAAAUAAUGGACCUCAAGAAGUCGGUCCUAGUUCUGGAUCUCAUAAUAAUUCAGGGUUAAAUAAAGUUUCUGGAAAUUCGACUGGAGAGGUUGCUCUCAUUGUUGAUACUGCUGUUGAUGGUAUGUUAUAUGUCAUGGAUGUUCUAUCUCCCAAAGUAGCUAGCCAUGUUCCAAAUGAUGGACCUGAAGAAGUCGGUCCUAGUUCUGGAUCUCAUAAUAAUUCAGGGGUAAAUAAAGUUUCUGGAAAUUCGACUGGAGAGGUUGCUCUCAUUGUUGAUACUGCUGUUGAUGGUAUGUUAUAUGUCAUGGAUGUUCUAUCUCCCAAAGUAGCUAGCCAUGUUCCAAAUGAUGGACCUGAAGAAGUCGGUCCUAGUUCUGGAUCUCAUAAUAAUUCAGGGGUAAAUAAAGUUUCUGGAAAUUCGACUGGAGAGGUUGCUCUCAUUGUUGAUACUGCUGUUGAUGGUAUGUUAUAUGUCAUGGAUGUUCUAUCUCCCAAAGUAGCUAGCCAUGUUCCAAAUGAUGGACCUGAAGAAGUCGGUCCUAGUUCUGGAUCUCAUAAUAAUUCAGGGGUAAAUAAAGUUUCUGGAAAUUCGACUGGAGAGGUUGCUCUCAUUGUUGAUACUGCUCUUGAUGGUAUGUUAUAUGUCAUGGAUGUUCUAUCUCCCAACAGCACAUCACCGAACAAAUCGGAUUGAAAUCUUGAGACCCCACCACUCAUUAGACAGAAAUGGUAAUUUUUUUCACAAUGGCUAAGCUGAAAAACCAUAGUACAGCAAAAACAACAUCAGAUUUAUAGUAUAAUUGCUAACUAUUUGAAAAAUUGAUAUUUUUCUGUCAACUUAAUUUUCAAUAAACUCGUUCAUAAAUAAAAAUACGUUUUAAUUUA